AUGUAUGAGAAAUCUCCGAAUUCUGCUGUCAUGGUUGAGAAAUUGAAGGCCUUGGCCGGUCAUGCCGUGUUUCUGGGAUGUAUGAAGAUCAGGCAAGAAUGGCUAGAAGUUCAGUCAAGAUUGAACGUCAAGAUUGAAGGCAUUUGGAUCGGAAGACGAUAUUCGACUGGAAAUCUGCGUGCGAAGCAGUGGGUUCGACCUACGCUAAAGAGAGUUGUACGUAACGUGGCUUUGGAGAGACCCGUGCCUGGUUGACUUUCUGUUGGACGGCUACAAGAAGCAGCUGGAUUCCGUGCCGAAGCAAGGACGCUGUGCGCGAGGAGUUCUUGACACUUGAAAUUUGAAAAGCAGUACUUUGUCUUGCUUUGUGUCCGUCGAGACUGCGAAGACUUCGCGUAGCGGAAGGCAGAGGAGUAUUGGGACUUUGAUCUCAUUUGCAAGAUCGGUUUCAGGAGCAGUGAUCGGCCUUGGUGAAGAACUUUCAUGACGUUUCUGCGGAUGAGGACUUGCUAGUGUUGGUAUGGAUGUGCGAAUCUUGUGACGAUUUCCGGAAUACUUGUAGUCACAGCGAACUUGGAUUGUGACUUGAAUGUUCACUCCAUCAGAACGAAUGAUUGUGAAAUCAUCAUACCGAUUCGAACGGGGAAUUGAGUACUUCGGCGUGGCUGUCUUGUUGGGAUGUCCGGAAGAUGCGUCAACAGAAUGAACCCUGGAUUUGUCCUUGUACGAUUGCAUUUGACGGAGUUGGAAAUUGAGUGGAAAACUGAAGAUGUAUGAGAAAUCUCCGAAUUCUGCUGUCAUGGUUGAGAAAUUGAAGGCCUUGGCCGGUCAUGCCGUGUUUCUGUGAUGCAUGAAGAUCAUCAGACUAGAAUGGCUAGAAGAUCAGACCAGAAUGGCCAUGAGUCAUUUGGAUCGGAAGACAAUAGUCGACGAAUUCAUUUAUUUUUCAUCGUUUCAUUUAUGUGCGGAAAGAGGUUACCCUUGUCGUUCUUCAUAAGAUUCGAUCAGAAUGUCGCAUGUGUGGAGUUGAAGUGUUUUGCAACGACUAUUCCGCGCGCAAUUUGCCUGCUAGGAUAUUUGCUGAGAUAAAAAAUGGUGCUUUCCUUCGUUAAUCAAAUUGUUGAGCAGGAUUAUUUCCUUAUGUUGAUUUGAUGAAAUUUCCAAGAUUGAUGGCUUGAAUUUAUGUAAGAGGUACAGUACGUAUCUCAUUGCAAAACUUGAGUUUUGGACCAGGAGCAUUCGUUUCUUUCCGUUCAAUCGGAUAAAUGUUUACGCCUAGCAAAGUUCGGUCAUUACUACGGUGAACACAUAAUAGCGUAGUUCGAAUAACAUGAUCAUUUAUGAACGAGCAGGUAAUUUAUGAAUCAGAUGCAUAGGAGAUCGGAAGUUCGCCAAUGUCUUGAUGCCGCGCAGCUUCAAGGAUGCACGCUGGAAGGUCCUUUCUGAAGAGUAGAGUGGUUCCAUGUUGGACUUCUUGAACCUUCGUGAGACAUUCUUCCAGAUUUAGACCAACGUACCAUCCCUCGAAAUUCCGAACGUACGUGCGCUUAACCGAAUUUACCAUUGGAAAGUACUUCUGUUUUUAAUGGCUGAGUGAGCUGAAGGGCACAUAGCGAACUGGAGAAUAAUGGGAAAUUCCCGGCAUUUGAGAGGGAUGCUUUUUGGUGAAAGCUUCCGAUGAUUUGAAGAAAAAUUGUGAUAAAGCUAGUGCUUCUUUCCCA